AGAUUUUGAGAUAACAAGCAAAAGAUAAAAGCACCGUGAGAUUGUAUUAAAAUCCUUUGAGAUAGAUAUCUUCAUUGAAAGAGGUGUUGUGAAGCAUUUGUGUACUAGUUGAAGAUUUAACAUCAUGUCCGAUUCACCCGUGGCAAUCGUAACUGGGGGUGCCCAAGGUCUGGGCGCUGCUAUUUGUAUUGAAUUGUUGAAAAAAGGAUAUAGAGUAUGCGCUGUGGACAUUCAAGGAGAGAAGGCAGAAGAAUUUGCGAAACAGCAGCAACUUGUUUACGGCAAAGAAAAUAUCAUAGCUGCACACUGUGAUGUAUCUAAAGAAUCUGAUUAUGCAAGAGUUUUUGAAGAAGCCAUCAAAACUUUCAAGAGAGUAGACGCUUUAAUAAAUAAUGCUGGAAUUCUAUUGGAAUCAAAUCCUCGUAGAACGAUUGAUGUUAAUUUGAUGGGGCCUAUCUAUGGAUGCUAUGCAGCUUUUAAAUAUAUGGGUAAAAGCAAUGGUGGAAAUGGGGGUAUAGUUAUCAACACAUCUUCUCUCGCAGGUUUUCUGCCAGCUGCGGAAAAUCCUGUUUACACUGCAUCCAAGCAUGGUAUAAUAGGUUUGACUCGCAGCUUUGGGAUGCCUCUUCAUUUUGAUAAAGAUGGAGUAGUAUUUGCUUGUGUGGCUCCUCAUAUGAUCGAUACAGAUAUUCUUAAAUCUGCCAAUAAAACUCUCGUUCCAGAUUAUGACAUUUCCAAAGUCCAUUCUCAUAUUUUAAUGAGACCUGAAUUCGUGGCAAAAGGAUUUAUGAAAGUUUUAGAAGACAGGAUCAAUGGCUCAACAUUAAUUGUUAUUCCUGGAGAGUAUAGGUACAUUGGUACUCAGAAAGAAAUGAGGGAACUUAACCUGCUCUGAUUUUUUAAAAAGGAAUGUAUCUAAAAGAAAAAAAAUAUGUAGAUUGAUGUAAUAUUGUAUGUAUGUAUUAUUGUAAUAUUGAUUUGAAAAUUCAAUAAAAAAUGUGAAUAUUUUGUUUUUA